GUCACUUCCUACCCAGACCUCGCGGGGGGGUCACGUGACGCUGUAUUAGCUCGCUGACUCUGCUAUGUUUGUCGUUUGUGUUAACGGUUUAGAAAUGUUAAAUUUCUCGCUUUCGUCGGUGUAUUGUCGGUGCGGGUUGCCCUGCGGCCGGUCGGAGGCUCGUUUUAACGGACGCAGCGCGCGGAGUUCGACUGUUAAAACGGCCACUGUCGGGCCGCGCGUCACGUGACCGGCAUGCGGCGGAGCGUUUGAUAAAAAGAUGGCGUGAGCGCGGCGGAGCGGAGAGGACAACAAACCCCCAGAGCUGCUGAGUGCGACCCGGAGCGGCCGUUAAACUGUCAAAUGGAUCCUGGACAGGAUUUACUUCUCACUGCUCUUAGUGAGAGCGGCAUUUGCCCAAAUGAUAUCGGUCUAUUUGAUGUUGAUUCUCAGGAUGUUGCACAGCCCUCUACAACCCAGCAAUCUAUCUCCAUCAGUGCCCUGGAUGCUGGUUUGGGGACAGAGUCAGUGGACGCUGUUCGAACUGAGCCUCCAGCUCCGGUCCCUAUAGUUACUAUCAGGCACAAACCUCAGCCAUCAACCACCACAUUUGUCUUAAAUCAGCUGAAUCAGUUGCCGUCAUUAGGAGCUACUGUGACCAAACAGUCAGUUACAAACCCAAUCAAACACACCAUAACCGUCACCAAGGUGGUCCAUGUCGCUAACGCAGCCCUGCGAGGUUCACCGACCCCCUCGACUACAAGUAUCCCUCCUUCAGUGUCCACAGUUGUGCCUUCUAACAGAGAGAUUCAGUUGAAAGACCUCCUUAGGACGGGCAAUGUGAGGAGCACUGGCCUAAAGGGCAACAGUCUGAUGGAGCUCAUGAAGCUAAAGCCUCCACCUGACAUUACUACACCGGUAGCCACGGCAACAGCCACCGGUCAGGGUGAAAUGAAUAAUGGAAUCAAGAAAGAGGUUUUGGGUAAAGACGCUGCCAGAAUCUGGAUUAAUGACGACAUUAAAAUGCACAACUUUUCACAUGCUCUGAAACUACCAGGGAUGAAGGAGGAGGAAGAGCCUGAGGAGGAGGAGGAAGAAGAGUUGGGUCACGCAGAGACUUAUGCAGAGUACAUGCCGAUGAAACUAAAGGUCGGCCUGCGGCAUCCUGAUCCAGUGGUGGAGACCAGUUCCCUGUCCAGCGUCAACCCGCCAGAUGUUUGGUACAGACUGUCCAUCCCAGAAGAAGUCAUCGAUCGCGGCUCCCUGUCUGCUCUGCAGCUGGAAGCCAUCACAUACGCCGCUCAGCAACACGAGACAUUCCUCCCCAGCGGUGAUCGAGCUGCGUAUUUGAUCGGUGAUGGAGCUGGUGUGGGGAAAGGCCGGACGAUCGCAGGGGUCAUCUAUGAGAAUUAUCUUUUAGGCAGGAAGAGAUCACUUUGGUUUAGUGUCUCCAAUGACUUGAAGUAUGAUGCUGAAAGGGAUUUAAGGGAUAUAGGAGCCAAGAACAUCCAGGUUCAUUCACUGAACAAGUUCAAAUAUGGCAAAAUCUCCUCAAAACACAAUGGGAGCGUGAAGAAAGGCGUGAUCUUCGCCACCUACUCCUCCUUGAUAGGAGAGAGCCAAUCAGGAGGGAAGUACAAGACCAGAUUUCAACAGCUUCUCCACUGGUGUGGCGAGGACUUUGACGGAGUUAUUGUGUAUGACGAGUGUCAUAAAGCCAAAAACGUAUGUCCGAUCGGAUCAUCCAAGCCUACGAAAACUGGGCUCGCAGUGUUGGAACUGCAGAACAAACUCCCCAAGGCUCGUGUUGUGUACGCCAGCGCUACGGGUGCGUCUGAACCCCGAAACAUGGCUUAUAUGAACCGGUUGGGCAUCUGGGGACAUAAAACACCCUUCAGAGAGUUUGGCAACUUUAUCCAAGCUGUUGAACGCAGAGGUGUUGGCGCCAUGGAGAUUGUUGCUAUGGACAUGAAACUGAGGGGGAUGUACAUCGCCAGGCAGUUGAGUUUUACAGGUGUCACUUUCAAGAUUGAGGAAGUUCCUCUGACGCAGAAAUACAUUUACAUGUAUAACAAAUCCGUGAGGCUGUGGGUGAGUGCACGUGAGAAAUUCCAGCAGGCUGCGAACCUGAUGGAUGCAGAGCAACGCAUGAAGAAGUCCAUGUGGGGACAGUUCUGGUCCGCUCACCAGAGGUUCUUCAAAUACCUUUGCAUCGCAUCCAAAGUCCGCAGGGUGGUCCAGCUGGCCAGAGAGGAGGUCCAGAAUGGAAAGUGUGUGGUGAUCGGUCUUCAGUCCACCGGAGAAGCAAGAACACUGGAGGCCUUGGAGGAAGGAGGAGGAGAACUCAAUGACUUCGUGUCAACUGCAAAAGGGGUGCUGCAGUCCUUGAUUGAGAAGCAUUUUCCAGCUCCUGACCGACAGAAGCUUUACAGCCUGCUAGGUAUUGACCUCUCAGCGAAGAAGACCCCCUCUCCCAGCGAGACCCCAGCAGAACCUGAGCAGAAGGGCAAGAAAAGGAAAGGUUCGGAGGUCAAAAAGAAGCCCAAAAAGAAGCCUCGCAAGCACGGCGGUCUGUCGGGAACCAGCUCAGAGGACAGCCAGUCGGAGGAGUCGGACAGAGAGUCCGGUAAAGACAGCGACGACAGCUUCAAAUCUGUCAGCUCGGCGGAUGAAGACGACGAUUUCAACCCAUUCAGAGACGAGUCUGAUGACGACGAGGAAGAUGAUCCGUGGCUCAUCAGAAAGGAACCAAAGAAAGGGAAAGAGAAGAAGAAGAAGAAAAAGCGAAGGAAGAGUAUCGAUCCAGACUCCAUUCAAAGUGCCUUGUUAGCCUCAGGGCUGGGCUCCACCAGGCCUGCUUUCACUGCCCCCGUCAACCCUCCCAGCGCGCCUGCCGCAGUUAAGGCAGAGAGUCAGGAUAGCUGCCUAACAAGUCAGGACGCAGUGGAACAUGCCCAGAAAAUGAAGAAAGAUCUGCUGGAAAAACUGGAGGAGCUAGCCGAGGAUCUACCUCCCAACACUCUGGAUGAGCUAAUAGAUGAACUGGGAGGACCUGACAACGUAGCCGAGAUGACGGGCCGUAAAGGUCGUGUGGUCAGUAACGACGACGGCAGCAUCACCUAUGAGUCUCGCUCUGAGCUGGAUGUCCCCGUGGAAAUCCUCAACCUCACAGAGAAACAAAGAUUCAUGGAUGGAGAAAAGAACAUCGCCAUCAUCUCGGAAGCCGCCAGCUCGGGUAUAUCCCUGCAGGCCGACCGCAGGGUGAAGAACCAGCGGCGGAGAGUCCACAUGACGCUGGAGCUGCCGUGGAGCGCAGACAGAGCUAUACAGCAGUUCGGGAGAACUCACAGGUCAAACCAGGUCACGGCCCCAGAAUAUGUCUUCCUCAUAUCGGAGCUCGCAGGAGAGCAGAGAUUUGCAUCCAUUGUUGCCAAAAGACUUGAAAGCUUGGGUGCUCUCACUCACGGAGACAGAAGAGCAACAGAAACUCGAGAUCUCAGCAGGUUUAAUUUUGACAACAAAUACGGCAGAAACGCUCUGGAAAUUGUGAUGAAAUCGAUCGUGAAGCUCGACGCUCCGCUGGUGUCGCCGCCCUCAAACUUUAAAGGGGAUUUCUUCAAAGAAAUCCAAAGUGGAUUAAUAGGUGUCGGCCUCAUUAAUGUGGAGGACAGAUCUGGCACGCUGUCACUGGACAAAGACUACAACAACAUCGGGAAGUUCCUGAACCGUAUUUUAGGGAUGGAGGUCCAGCAGCAGAACGCCUUGUUCCAGUACUUCUCUGACACACUGGCAGCAGUCAUUCAGGAAGCCAAGAAGAACGGCAGAUAUGACAUGGGCAUUCUCGAUCUGGGCUCCGGUGACGAGAAGGUGAAGAAGGUGGACUGCAGGAAAUUCCUAACACCAGGCUACACCACAUCUGGACAUGUUGAACUCUUCACAGUCAGUGUGGAGAGAGGAAUGUCCUGGGAAGAUGCCACGCAUGCUUGGGCAGAACAGAACGGACCAGAUGAUGGCUUCUAUGUACAGAUGAGGAACAACAAGAAAACAGCCAUACUGGUCAAAGAGGUGAACACCAAGAAGAGGCUGUUCCUGGUGUACAGACCCAACACCGGCAGACAGCUCAAACUGGAGACGUACGCAGACAUCAAGAAGAGGUUUAAAAAGGUCUUGUCAGAAGACGCUAAGCAGCACUGGACGGACCAGUACAAGCUGUCAGCAAAGAUCUGCUCUCAUGCAUUCUGGCGGGGAAACUGUAAGAAAGCAGCGGUGGGGCUAUCGUGCGAGAUCGGUCUCCGGUGUCGGACGUACUACGUCCUGUGUGGCUCGGUGCUCAGCGUGUGGAACGAGCUGGAGGAAGUGCUCACCCCCGUCAGCGGAACCAACGUAAAGGUGCAGAUCGUCCGUCUCAGAACAGAAGACGGUCAGAGGAUAGUUGGACUGAUCAUUCCAGCGAACUGCGUGUCUCCGUUAAUUAACAAGCUCUCCACGUCGGACCAGAGCCAGCAGCUGGCUGUGCAGGAGCAACAGAAGAGGCAACAGCUGCACCCCCAAAGUUUCAGUCACGCACCCAACACAUAGUCUGGGUGGGGGGUGGGGGGGUUUCGGACCACUCUGCUUCACGGGCUUCGAUCCCACGAGUUCACAUCCCCCACACUAAAAGGGAUCUGGCUCCAUCUCUAUCUCUCUGCACACCGCAGACCUCCAGGACCGCUGUCCCUUGUUCUGCACCCUCACGCCCCCGCCCAUCGUCUCCGAGGGUCAGAGGUCACACCAAGCUGUGACCGUUCUCACAUGUAAAGCAGUGGUUGUACAGAGAAAAAGAUUUCAGGGUUGUUGUUGUUUUUUUUUUUUUUGUUUUUUUUGUUUUUUUUUGUUCUUUUAACCUUCGAGAGACUCGUGUUAUCACCUAGAGAGAUUUGACGGGUGAUGUAUCGUCCUCUGACAUUCAGAGUGAAAGAUUUGUGAUAUAUUGAUUAAGACGGACUUGAGUUGAGAGUUGAAACGUAGAUGUCGGCCUGUGGCGGUUUCAGUUAUUCACUAUCCUCACCCGACGCUUUAAAGCUGUUUAUUCUUUCGUGCCCCGAGUCCGAACUAUCUGACAUGAAGCAAAGACCACAAAUUUUAAAAAAAAAAGGGCAUUUAAUGCUAAACUACAAUCCAAUAAUUAAUAUAUGAUGAAGACCUUUAUUCCUCAGACAUUCAGUACAUGUGCAGUGAAAGAAUUUGAUAACUACGGGAAACCAGGUGUGUGCUUUUUUUCUUCUUCUUCUGUCGGUCAUCGUAGUCACUCAUGAAACAAAGACCAAAAUGUCAUCAUCAUCAUCAUCAUCAUCAUCAGAAUCAGAAUCAGAAUCCACUUCUUCUGCAUCUUAAUCAGCUUGUUUCACACAUGAGUCUCACGUUUUAUCAAAGUUCCUUGGUUUGUUUUUAUUUCACACUUCAUCAUUUUGUUCUUCAUCGUAACAUUAACAAGCAGGAGUUUGUCUUAUGUGCCUUUUUUUUGUAUCAGUACACGUAGUUACUGCAGUCAGGCACCUUCCCAACACACCAAACACGCUUUCACUCUCCGUUAUCUGAUGACGAAUCGCUUCUAUUUAUACUGCAUGAAAUUAAAGAAUGUUUCACAAAGAUAAUAUUUGAGGAAGUUAAGCUUGUAUCAUCAAUAAACCAGACUUAUUCUGGAGUGAAGGAGCAACACGAUGUCCAACUCAUGACAAGUCAAAGCUGUUUUUAGUUGAACAGUCGUGUUUCCACGUUAAAUUUGACUUCUUGUUGUCGCUGUUUAAUGAAAUCGAUUUGCGAGCACUUUCUUAUUGCAAAAAAAAGGUGUCGGCGUCCGGUUCCGUAAACGAUCGUCACUCUCAAACAUCAGAUAAAUUCGCAAGUCUUAAAAGUUCUCUCGUAUAUUCGAGCAUGUGCCGCGAGUACGCCGUUCCUUUUUCGGAUGUUAUCUCAUGUCGCAGCUUGCAUGUCGCAGAUUCGGUGAAACAGGCUCCACAGUUGUUAAAAAAAAAACGACUUUUCGGUAUUUAUUUUGUUUGUUUUUUUUCAGGCUGGACUACAUAUCUGUCACUGAAAGUAGAAGGAAAUAUGUUAAACAUUAUUAAGAUGAAGCAGCCAAGGAAUUCUGAGAAAUGUGAAACUCGUGUCCUCGACAAAGACUCGCUGCUUUCUGAUCUUCACACCGGUUUCAGUCUCAAACUCUGCUCUGUUUUUAUGUUUUUAUUUUGUUGCAUUUUUUUUUUUUUAAAUGAAUUGUGCUCAGGGGUUAAACUCAUACAAAGACCCUCUUUGAAAAACAAAACAAAGAAAAUCUCUUCUUUCUUUUUUUUUCUACUAGAGUAUCUGAAAUGCAUGAGACCAUAACUCAAAUCCUCCUUCACCUCUCCUCAGUACUGUCCUGUGUUUGACUCACAGCACAUGCUACGGACACAUCUCCUCCUCCUCCUCUUCCUCCUCCUCUAAUUCAUCUGCUUUUCCGGAGCCGAGCUGUAAUUAAAAAAAUUUUAAAAAAUAGACGAUCGCUUCUGUUAAAUAGCUCUUCUGCCUCCUCCUCGGGUCCUGUCCUGCGUUUAUAGAUCUGCACUGGAAAAGGGGGGACGGGCUAAAAGUCUGGAUACAUGAGCCGCUCCUAUUGGCUGAUAAUAGAAGAUGUUAGUGAGACGGUGCGCUCAGACACAUCUUUAAACCCUGUGGAUUAGUUGUUAUUAUUAAGUGUGUUUUUUCUCCUGUUAUUGAUUGAUUGCAUUUAAAAAAAACCACAUGAAAUAAGAAGGAAGAAGUCUUUGUAACAUACCCACAUGUGCAUUUUUUUGUACACUUUGUAAAAGGAUUCAAACUGAUUCAACGCAGCACAUCUCCAAACUUGUUGGGACGAUAUUUCGGAGACUUUAUUGAGAAUAUUAAUAAUGUCUGCUCUCUCUAAAAUCGGAAAUCACAUCUUUCAACUCGACUGUCCACCAUAUUUAAGCCAACAACUCAUGUUUUUUUUUUUUAAAUUUUAUUUUGUCUUUUCGAGAUGUUUAUGUACAUGUGCUGCUGACUUUAAAGUGUCAUAUGGCAGAUCGGCUCUUUCUGAAGUUGAAACACUUGAAGGACUCUUUUUUUUUUUUUUUUUCUUUUCUUUAAUCAUUGCACGAGUUGCACUACUGACAAGAGUUGUACAAAAAAAGAUUCAACAUUACCUGUACAUGAAUGAGUGCAAUGCUCAAUAAAGCUUGGUAUACUUCUA